CAUCUUUUGUCUCGAGUGUGGCUCAGAGAAACUGGAAACCAUCGCCCCUUGAUCCUUCCGUCACUUGUGCUCUAUAUCUUCGGUUCUCUUCUACCUCUCCAAUUCCCCCACUUCCAGCGUGAUCUUCACCCAUCUUAGCUUUCGUGGUCCUCUUCGGAUGGGCUCCUUAUCUCCUCCUCCUCCUCCGCCGCCGGUGCCGCCGGAGAACCAGGCGAGCGGCUUCAGAAUCUGCGUCUCGUUUUGCCGACGAGACGAGACGACCGGCACCACCGUAUCCAACUGGCUGGAUUCCUAUAACCCGGCCGACAACACGUUGGGCCACGUCGGAGCGAUUCCCGGGCUCCCCAGGAACCACAUACUGAAGGGUUUCGCAAUGGUGUGUCUAGGCGGCUUCGUUUACGUCAUCGGUGGUAGGCUCUGCCUUAAUGUGCUCGAUGCCGAGGGCUCGGUGGAAAGGGACGUCGCUGUGAGAUCCGAUGUGCUCCGGUGCAACGUCGCGACCGGAGAAUGGGCGCCGUGCUCGCCGCUCGCCCUCCAACGAUUCGACUUCGCGUGCACGCCCUGCAAUGGGAGGAUCUACGUAGCGGGUGGCCAGUUCACGGUCUCGGGCGCCCGGGGCACUUCGGCGGCCGAGGUGUACGACCCCGAGCGCGACCAGUGGGCGCCGCUCCCAGGCAUGAGCGCCCUGAGGUACAAGUGCGUCGGCAUGGCGUGGGAGGGCAGGUUCCACGUGGUGGGGGGGUUCGCCGAGCGGGAGGGCUGCAGCCGAACGGUGCCGUCGGUGGUGGAGAGAAGCUCCGCGGAGGUGUUCGACGAGGAGCGGGGGGAGUGGGACCUCGUGCCGGGGAUGUGGCAGCUGGACGUGCCACCCAACCAGAUCGUGGCGGUGGACGGCCGGCUGUACAGCUCCGGCGAUUGCCUCAACAAUUGGAAGGGGCACAUCGAGACCUACGAUGGGAAGCUCAACAUAUGGAGCGUCAUCGAGCGGUCGCAGCUGCACGACAUGUCGUCGCUCGUCGCCGGCCCGCGUGAGCGCUCGCUGGAGAGGCUGUACCUCACCAUGGCUCCGGUCGGGGGUCACCUCUACUUCUUGGUCGGAUAUCGCGAGGCGGGAGACGAGCUGAGGUCGAUGACGGUGGCUCAUGCCUUCGACACGGAACCAGGGGCCGCGGAGGCAUGGGCGAGCUUUGAGCCCUUAAUGGCCGAUGGGAACAAGGAGUUGUGCAGCCACUGCUGCGUCGUUCAACUCUCCUAAACCCAAACAAUUGACUUUGGUUCUUCGGUGGCUAAUUCAUGUUCUUCGCUCGAGUAAAUCUCAUACCAAUACUCCGAUAAUGUACGUAACAAAGGAUCCGAAGCUCCAUACAACAUAAUAACGAACAUGGAUUGGUGGAAUAAGAUGCACUGCACUCUUUGUUCCACACCCUUGUUUCCCUUUUGUUCCAGAGUGCAGACAUAUAUCAUACUAUAUACGUACAUAGGUUCGUCCGACAUAUUAAGAGAAUGUAUCGAAUCAAACAAAUGAUGGAACUAAUUUAGCGCAAUCAAUUAUAAGCGCAAUCAAUGAUGUGAGAGAGAUUGAUUUCCCCUGCGCGGAAUCAUCAGCUGUGCACA